AUGUCCCUCAGGCUUGUUUUGCGUAUAGCAACAGAUGACUCCAAGGCUGUAUGUCAGCUCAGUAUGAAGUUUGGUGCCACUCUUAAAACAAGCAGGUUGCUUCUGGAGCGUGCUAAAGAAUUGAACAUUGAUGUCAUUGGCGUAAGCUUCCAUGUUGGCAGUGGCAGCAGAGAUCCACAAACAUUUGUACAAGCUAUAUCUGAUGCUCGCUGUGUCUUUGAUAUGGGAGCUGAACUUGGCUUCAACAUGCACUUACUUGACAUUGGUGGCGGCUUCCCUGGAUCCAAUAAUUUCAUGCUUAAGUUUGAAGAGGUAAAAAUGUUCUUUAUUGUGAUAGUUAGCUAG